AUGUGCCAAACCGCUCGAUGGCGAGUCGAUGUGGUAGGUAAUGAUAAAAUUGAAUACAGUCUUCCAUUCAACUUCCAGGAAUUGAUGUCAUCAAGCCGUGCUUGUUCAUUUUGCUUUUUGAUAAGAGGAGGUGCUCAAGCUAUACGGCGCGACGCUGCAUCGCUUCAUCGCAACGGUCAUUACAACUCCACUGUCAAGCGCGGCCGGAUUAUCGUGCAAAGGUCUGCUCCUCUUGAGAUUGAAAUGAUUCGCGAUAAAGAUGGUGGUGGAGAUGAAGUUUUUUCAAGGCUUCAAUUAUUUGUGGCAGAUAGGGAUAAUGAGGUCGGAGGAAUUUGUUCGAGGCCCACAAUUAGCGAUUUUGGCGUACUUGGGAUCGCCAGAAACGUUCCUACAUUCAUUUCAACCAAGACACAUAUUACACUAAUUAAUUCUUGGAUCAGCAACUGUCGUAAGAAUCAUUCAUCUUGCGAUAUAGCUGCAACAAGCCAAUUGCCCUCGAGACUUCUGGAUAUAUCUGAUAGUGAGGAUGUCAUUUAUUUGGUAGAGACUAGGGAUCUCCCAAGCAGCGCCAAUCGCCCCUCCUACGCAACGUUAUCACAUUGCUGGGGCUCUAAUCGUAUCAUUCAAACCACAUCAUCUACUAUUAAAUCUUUCUAUGGUGGAAUUAGAAAAGCGGAUCUCCCAGCUACCUUUCAGGAUGCGAUAUCCGUAGUACGAGCUUUAGGAUUGAGAUUCAUAUGGAUUGACUCUCUUUGCAUUGUCCAGGACUCUCUGGAUGAUUGGAAGCAUGAAUCGGUUCUUAUGGCUUCAAUAUACUCCAAUUAUUAUGUGAACAUCGCGGCUACUGGUGCUGCUGAUAGUUCUAAAGGGUGUCUGGCACCUAGGAAUCCACUUCACCGAUCCAUUCCUUUAUUCGCAAAAGGCCCCCUGAAGCCAGAGCCAGAGGAUGAGAGCAUAUUUGUCCGCCAUUCGCUCAAUGGGCUUCAUCAAUUCUAUUCCACUCCGACUAUAUUGAGAAAUGAGACAACUGGCUCAUGGGGUAAAGAGAAGCAGGAGGCGCCAUUGUUGUCAAGAGCCUGGAUUUUCCAAGAACGAUAUUUAGCACCAAGAACCUUGCAUUUUUGCUCGUCAGAGCUAGUCAUGGAAUGCCGCAAAGAACUAAGGUGUGAAUGUACUGGACUCGAUUCUAUUGCAUCCAACCCUCUUCGCGACGUGCAAGAUAUUUCCUACGAUACUUGGCUUCGUGCCGUGGAGGAAUUCUCUAGGCUGAGAUUGAGCCACGAAACGGAUCGAUUGAGUGCAUUGCUAGGUAUUGCCAAGGUCUUCCACACUAGAUUGAUGUCUACAUAUCUUCGAGGACUUUGGGCUGAAGAUCUUGCGAGAGGCUUACUGUGGGAUGUUACGAGGUAUGAAAACGUACAUACCAGUGCAAGUCCUCUUAACUUGCCACCGAAGAGGCAGAAUAGAGAAGUUGCCCCGACGUGGUCAUGGGCUAGUAUGGUGAUGACAGAGGGGAUUGGAAUAAUCUUUCCAGCAACCCACGAUGCAUCAUUCUCCAAAAAUUCACAAUUUUAUCCUUCAAAACAUGCUUCACUACCCACAGUGUCUCCAGGCACUUCAUCAUUCGAUACCUUCCUAGAAACGAAGACAAUUUGCGUUAAUACCGAAUAUUUCUUGGCAACAGUUUUUCUGCCAGAGACGGAGGAGAACACGAUGCUUGUGUUUGAUGCAGAUAUUGAGGACAUGAUUUUGAUAUCUGUAUAUGAGAUGAAUUUGGAUAUCCCACCAGGAGGUCUUCCUCAGGAGCAGAGCUGGGAAGUUUGCUGCUUAAUUCUAGGUUCAAUGACAGAGAAAAAUUGUGAGUUAAAUGAAGAAGCAGAGUUCCUGUGCACGCUUGUGGUUAGAUUCAACUCACUUAUUGGUGCAUGGGAACGGAUUGGAGUACUUGAUGUUAGGAAAGAUGAUCAGGAUUAUUCGAGUAUAGGAGAAAGGGAGUUUAACCUCAUGUGA